AUGGAUGUGGAGAACCACUCACUAGUAACCGAAUUCAUUCUUCUGGGGAUCCCUCACACACAGGGGCUGGAGAUAAUGCUUUUCCUCUUGUUCUUGCCUUUCUAUGCCUGCACCCUUUUGGGAAAUUUGUCUAUCCUGGUGGCUGUUAUUGCUUCUACUCAACUUCACACCCCCAUGUAUUUCUUCCUGGGGAACUUGGCUGUGUUUGACAUGAGUUUCUCCUCUGUGACCUGUCCCAAAAUGCUGCUCUACCUUGUAGGGCUGAGCCGGCUCAUCUCCUACCAAAACUGUGUCACCCAGCUCUUCUUCUUCCAUUUCCUUGGGAGUAUUGAGUGUUUCUUGUACACCGUGAUGGCCUAUGACCGCUUUGCUGCCAUCUGUUACCCUCUGCGGUACACGAUCAUCAUGAAUUCCAGAAUCUGCGUGGCCCUGGCUGUGGGCACAUGGCUUUUGGGGUGCAUCCACUCCAGUGUCUUGACCUCGCUCACCUUUACUUUGCCAUACUGUGGUUCCAAUGAAGUGAAUCACUUCUUCUGUGAUAUCCCUGCACUCUUGCCACUGGCCUGUGCGGACACAUCCUUGGCACACAAGGUGAGCUUCACAAAUGUCGGCAUAGUAUCCCUCAUCUGCUUUCUCCUAAUCAUUGUAUCCUACACGCGCAUCACAGUCUCCAUUUUGCGCAUUCGUACAACCGAGGGCCGUCGCCGCGCCUUCUCCACCUGCAGUGCCCACCUCAUCGCCAUCCUCUGUGCCUCUGUUCCCAUCAUCACUGUGUACCUGCAGCCCACACCCAACCCCAUGCUGGGAACUGUGGUUCAAAUUCUGAUGAAUCUGGUAGGACCAAUGCUGAACCCUUUGAUCUACACCUUGAGGAAUAAGGAAGUAAAGACAGCCUUGAGAAAACUAUUACACAGGACAGGAGAAGCGGAUGGAUGA